CGCCCGUCAGUAGCGUUGCGCGCGCGCCGGUCAAACAACGUGCGACUAAAUAAAGACAAAACAAGAUGGCGGCGCGAGGCACACAGUGUUUUCUAACAGUGACAAGAAAGUACAGCUCAUCAGCUGACAAAAAUGUUGCUUUCCUCGGCCUCGGAAAUAUGGGCGGUUUCAUGGCUGCUAACUUAGCCAAAAAGGGCUUCGCAGUCCGUGGUUACGACCCAUCCAAGGAGGCUUUGGCUGCAGCCGCCAAGAACGGUAUUGCUGAAGCUAACUCCAUCGCCGCGGCUGUAGAUGGCGCUGACGUCGUAGUUUCCAUUCUGCCUAGCAACAAGGUUGUGCUCGACGCUUACCUCGGCAAAGAUGGUGUAGUUCAACAUGCCCGUAAAGGAGCACUCCUAAUUGACUCCAGCACCGUUGACCCCAACGUACCGAAGCAGAUCUUCCCCGUAGCUAUCGAGAGCGGCAAAGGCUUCACAGAUGCCCCUGUAUCAGGAGGUGUCAUGGGUGCGCAGAACGCCACCCUUGCCUUCAUGGCUGGUGGUCGCAAGGAGGACUUCGAGAGGUCCUUGCCGUUCCUCAAAGCUAUGGGAGCUAAACAGUUCCACUGCGGUGAGGUCGGUUCUGGCCAGGUCGCCAAGCUGACCAACAACAUGCUCAUGGGUAUCACUGGAAUGGCCACCGCUGAGUGCAUGCAUAUGGGUAUCAAAAUGGGUCUGGACCCUAAAGUACUCUUGGAUGUUCUGAACAACUCCUCAGCCCGCUCAUGGUCUACCGAAGUAUACUGCCCAGUUCCCGGCCUGGUACCCACCGCACCUUCCAGCAGGAACUAUGACGGUGGAUUCAAGAACGAACUUAUGGUUAAGGACUUGGAGCUGGCCAGUUCUAUGGCUCUUGGUAUCAGGUCACCAAUCCCACUCGGCGCCGUAGCAACGCAACUGUACCGCAUCGUACAGUCCCGAGGAUAUGGACAGAAGGACUUCUCAUAUGUCUUCCAACUCCUCAAAGAAGAUGCAGAGAAAAAGAAAUGAUCAAACUAAAGUAUUACUUAAGUGAA